AAGCGAGGCAACUGGCAAUCAGUCAUUCAUCUACGACGCUACCAGUAGUCGAGCGCCAUCUCUCGACUGCAGUUGCUAUGACUACCCUAAGCUACUAUCGCUCCAAUCGAGUCCAAAGUCCGUAAAGUUAUAAAUGAACUUUGCAACUCUUAGCCCUCCAAAAUAUGAUUCAGGAUAAUUUAUGACCAACUAUGAUUAUGAUACUUAUAUACAUUAUCCAUUAAAACAAACAGAGAUAUAACAGCUAGAUAGGGGUGUAGAAAUAUCGGUCAACUUUUGUGUGGACGGUUUUUUGACAGGGUCUGGGCCUGGGGUAAAUGCUUGCACCCGUUUCGGAUUGUUUCGCACAGGUGUAGUAGGGGGUUGAGCAUGAGAGCUGUUGCAGGUGCAUUCAUCUGCAGCAAAACUACGCCCGCACCAGUGUUGGCAGCUCUUGCGCAGAUCAUAAGCCCAGUCUUUGCAGUGCACGCACGCUUGUAUUUACAACUGAGUGUUUGCCGAAGUCCUUAGACGAAGGCUCCUUAAUCACUUUGAAAACAGAUUAAUUACAGAUUAAUUGCCAGAUCUUUAGAAUGACACAAGGACUUGGCGAUCUCUCAGAUCAGCUGAAAGUUUGAUUGCCAUGGAAUGUAACAUUUCCUGGCCAGCAGCGACCGAGGUGGAUUUCGGCUUCAUGUUUUUGUUGAUGUCAGUGUAAAAAAUGAAAGGCCAUUCUGGCGAUGUGAUGACCUCCGACCCCAACAAGCAGAAAUUUCCACUCAUCACUGGAGCCAGUGGAGGGGCAACUCUUCCUUCCCUCCCAGAUGACACCUUGUCCUCCCCCUCCAAGGAAAUGGAAUCUCUCUCCUCCAACAGCAAGGCUUCACUAGAGCUGCCCAGACUACUCCAACCCAGGGAGGAGUUGGCUCCCCCUUCUGGGAGGGACAAUGAUAAAGCGUUAAAACCCAGUCUUCCCCUGGUGCGGAGAUCUCGUUACAAGCGCUCUGGAACACCACCGGAUCCUGACCGUGAUCAACUGGCCAGUAGGUUUAAUGUGAAAGACUCUCUUCCCUAUCAGGCUUGUAAUUUCAGGUCUUCCACCCUCAUGAAAUCUGUAUCAAUCCAGAAGAAGAAAGAUCAAUCCCCUCUUGCCAUCAAAUCCAUUCCAUUCCCUCUCAGCAAGCAGAGAGCCGUACCCAUUCACACGCAGCCGUUUCUAUGGUCACAAGUCGAAGAAUCAGAUAAGCCUCAAGAGGGACAGAGUUUGCCUGAGAAGUUUCUUGCCGAGAAGGAGCGCCUGUUCAAUGUCAGAGGUCAAAAGAGGCGCAUGGCCCAUCCCCUUCACAGACAAAAGUACAGUGACCUUCACAUAGGGGGUCACUCCCAUGGUUUGUCAAACAAGUUGGAUUGGCGGGAAGAGUAUGAUAAGGUCAAGAAUGCUGUCUUACCUACAGAGGCACAGGAACUAUUUCUUGGGAGGGGACUCACUUUCCCAAGUUCGCAUGGGACUAAUGUCCGCAAGCAGAAAUGGCAGGAGAGAAUCAAGCAAGAGGCUGCCCUCCCAAGCUCCGCGCCUCCCAGCGUAUCCAAUUACAAAGCAUCACCACCGGCUAAAGAUGCCACACCAAGGAAACAAAGUAUUACAGCGCCCCCAGUGGCGAGACAAAGAACAGAGCGGGAUGUUGAUCCACAACAUGUGCCUUUCACUGUUCAUAGAACUCCGGUUAAACCGAAAGUAAAUCGGCGAGACCUUCGCCAGGAUGACUCGGGAGUGAGCACAGCGGAUGGGUCGACUGUCCGUGGAUCGAGAGCUUCUGGAGGUCAAAGGUCACAGUGCGGACAUGGAGGUGGGCAAAGAGUGGAGAGGGUGAAGAAAGUUGGAUCUAGAGAGGAGAUUGCAGAUGUACCCGUAGUGACAGAAAGCAGUGCUGAGGACAGGACUGAAGAGAGGAUGGAGAUAGAGGAGAGACUACAGGAAGAACCAGUAGAUGAUCCUGAACACAUUACAUUAGACCAGCCCGAUGAUGAAACCAAUGACAUCAGCUUGCCACGCCCAGAUUCUGAGAUGGACAUUGACGAGCCUCUAGAGGAUAGUGCCCCUGUAGGACCGGUCCUGGAGGAGCCUUACACCCCUAAGCCCCCCUCCCGCAACCCCCUCAUGUCGGCUGAUCUUCAUCUUAACAUGAGUGAUGAGAAGCGGGAUGCCCUUGCUCUCAAGUUCACCAAGCUUGACUCAGAUAAAGAUGGACACAUAACCUUCAAGGAACUUGAGACUACGUUUCCAGAGAAUUUAUCAAGACCUCAACAGAGAUAUAUCAAAGAGGCUUAUGAGCUGGUUAGUGCAAGUACAUUCUUUGGUUUGGAGGAGUUUGUGACGAUCAGCUGCCUGUGUGAGAGACUAGCCAAGCUGACUGGUCCUGUGAGGGAUGCCUUUGAGAAGGUCAACCAGUCAAUGCUUCAACAGAAUAUUACUCAGUUUGUGGUGAUGUUUUCUACUGUGGACAGACAACAGACUGGCUGCAUCAGCCUAGCCUCUUUCCAGGAGUUACUGGGAACAUUACUGAACAAGGACCUAGCCUCCGACACCAGGCUCUUCAGUGAGAUCCUGUCCACCAUAGGCAAGAAUGGAUCAUUGUCAAUAGACAAGAUAGAGUAUUUGGUCUUCAUUCCGUACUUCCUGGGCUUCAAGUGAAAAAGCACCCCUUCCAGAAAUAAUGGUAUGGUCAAAUCCAGUACCUUGUCUAUGAUGAUAAGGGUUCUUCCAUUUUGAAGAUGGGUAGGACAAGAUUACAUGAUGUCUUCUACUGUACUUCCUCAGCUACCAGUGAGAAAUCACCCCUUCAAAAGUUAAUGGUAUGGUCUGAAGCUGUUCCAUAUCUAUUUUGAUCAGGGUUCUUCCAUUUUGAAUACAGGGUUCAACGUGAUCAAUACAUUGUCUUACAUAUUUGUACUCCCUCAGCUAUCUGUAAAAUGGCAUCCCUUCCAAGACUAAUAAGCUUUGAUCCAAGUUGAAAUGGAUUAUUUUUUUUGUACACGUAGUUCUAUCACUAUUAAAGAUUGGAGCCAUCGAUCAAAAUUGUAUAAUAUAAGAAUAGUCUUUAUCUUGCAAUUAAAUCUGUAUAAAUUGUAUUUUAUAUGGGGAGAAAAUUAUAAAAGCCAGUGAUGUGACCUCUGUAUACAUAGUGCCAUUCAUUUUGUCCACUUGCAAUAGUUGUUUCUUAUUGAUAUCCGUCCAGAAAAGAAAUAUGUAAAACAAAAGUAAAUUUUACUUUAAGAUAUAAUGUUACUAAACAUAUUUUCUUCUUUAAUAAGAAUAGGAAUUGCCUGUAUUUAUGUAUUUGCCUUAGCCUCAAGUUUUAUAUGAUAGCUGAUCUGAGAUGAUUCUUUAUGUGGUAGCAAUUGAAUAUCAUGUAUUACAAGAGGCUAAUAUUAAGUUUAAUUUUGCUUGUUUCAUGGAAAUGUGAUAUCUUGGUGCCAUUAUUGUUACAGUUUGCAAACAAACUUGUUUUCUCAAAAGUGUUGAUUUUGGUUUUCAGGUUUUUUCAUUUCUGAUAUACAUGUACAGUUAACAAGUAAAUAAAUUAUUCAUACCUUACCUAGUUUUGUAAUUUUUAAG